UUAGAUAAUUUGCAUUGUCGGUUGCAAACAAUUGGCGGGUUGUUCGCGUAGUUGCAUAACCAACAUUUAUAUGCUCCUCCCAUUCUAAUUGUGCAGUGUGUACCUAACCUUCAUUAACGUACAUCUUGUUUAUUGUUUGUGUUUACCGUUUUGGUAGAGUUAAAGGAAAGCGCACACGACAUACUAAUUGCGAUGGAGUUUUCGGGCAAGAAACAAAAAAGCGAAGAUUUGGAGGUGACAGGUGUUUCGAGGAGCGGUCGAGUCCGUAAGAAAUCGUCGAAGCUGAUGGACUUCGAGUCUCCAGAUGAUAUCGACAGAAGCUUCAAGAAGCAGACGGCGGGCACUCCGGUUACCACCGGCAAGACGAAGCAGCAAUCGGAGCCAGGAUUUACUUCGCCCAAAAAAGUCGAAGCCAACUUCGAUUAUGAGGAGAUGAUCGAUGAAGCCGCUUACAAGAAGGACUGCUCUCCGAGGAAGUUGAUGAUGGACGAUAAACUGGAUGAGGAGUAUGAUUACGAUAUUGGCAGUCAGGAGAGCGCGUCCGAUUACGAGAACGAGCACUUCGACGAGAUCCAUGCAGCGUCCAGCGAGAGCAUGGACGACUCUCAAAGCGAUUAUGACGAUGAGACGGGUUUCAGGCGUUUGGACGAUGGUGAUUCAUCGCAGCAGAGUCUCUAUUUAACUGAGAAGACGCAAAAGAAGCGAUUGGUUAUCAAGGAUGGAAAGAUUUUGAACAAAGGGGGGAAGGUGCAACGAAAGGACAAAGGUGUAACGCGCUACACGGCUUACAUGCUGUGGGCGCGCGACAUUCGAGCCGAUCUCGUCGCGGCAAAUCCAGAAUUGGAUUUCUCGCAAAUCUCGAAGCGACUCGGCGAACUCUGGUCCGUCGUUCCGUCCAGCACGAAAUGGAGCUGGCGACGACGCGCCAAACGCUUGAACGUAAAACAAUUUGCAGAAAUCGCGACGGCGCAGGAAAUCGGCGGCGGCAGCAGCAAGGGCGUGAAAGGGAUCGUCAUAAGAAGUGGCGGUGUAGGGACCAAAUUCAUCAACGCGAAGAGAAGCGUCGGCGGUAAGGGGGCUUUCAACUUUGGAUCUUCGCCACCGGGGAAUUCGCACGCUUCUCCGCCGAGUCCCAAAAUGUCGGUCGUCCUCAAAGCGAACGGAUUCAACCCGAUAGACGUCGCGGCGCAUCUGAAACUCUUGGGCGAGAGCCUUGCGAUCAUCGGGCACAGACUCAAAGAGCACGAGGGACAAAUCGCCGUGUCGGGAAGUCUGUCCGUUCUACUGGAUUCUCUACUCUGCGCUCUCGGCCCUCUUCUUUGUCUGACGCAACAAGUCCCCGAGCUCCAAGAGAACUGCUGCACCCCAGAGAAGCUGAACAGCAUACUGGACAACGUGGCGUUCAUCAUGCCUGGUCUCUAGUAUCCACUUUCAAAACUCACACCUUAAGCGUUUAAUUUUAAGUUUCGUCAAUUUUGAAGAAUCGUUAUUCAUGUAAUUAUUAAUUAAUUGUCUAUAUCUAGUUGGUGUCGUGCGAACAUCGAUGUAAACAAAUCAAUAUUUAACGGAAAUAUCAAGUAUAGGAAAAAAAAUUAUAUACGGCUCGCGCAGAUAAUGUAAAAUAUAAGAUAGACCUAAUCGGAAAUUUUUCGCUGCAGAAUAUAUAUAUAUAUUUACGUUCGGAAAGAUAAGUAUUA